AUGGCACUACUACUGUUGAAAGAAGUUAUAACUCAACUCCGUUACGUGCGAAACGUUUCAUUGGCGUUUCAUGUGGCCUCUUCAACCAUUCAGCAGACUGUUUUGAACUCGACUCAUAAUUGUAAGAUUAGGAGUCUUUUGAUGCCUCCGGUAUCAGAUGCAUGUUGUCUGCAGUGUCGAAAUUCUUUCGCGCAUCAGUUUUCCACUGAUGUUGGGCCUGAAAGGCUAUGUUGGGGAGUUUCCUCUCAAGAUGUCCUAUUGAAAAAGCUCGAAAGAGCAUUGAAGUGCCAUCAAGUGGAUGAAGCGUGGGAAUCCUUUUUCGAUUAUAAGAAGUUGUACGGCUUUCCUGAGGAUUCCCUCGUGCAAAGGUUGAUAACCGAACUUUCAUAUUCGUCUGAACCUCGCUGUCUACAGAAAGCAUGUGAUUUCGUCUUGAUAGUUUCAAAUGAGAAAUCAGGUCUACUGCGGCGUGAUAUCUUGACGAAACUAUCCCUCUCCUUAGCGCGAUCUCAAUUGCCUAAUCCUGCCACAAAGAUUCUUAGAUUGAUGUUAGAGAAAGAUAUGUUGCCUUCAAUGAAUAUUCUGUGGUUGGUUGUUCUGCAUAUGGUGAAGACAGAAGUUGGAACACAUCUUGCAUCCAAUUUUUUGGCUCAAAUAUGUGAAAGUUUCCAACAAGUAGGCGCAAAAGAUAGAAAACGAGCAGAGCUGAUGAAACCCGAUACAAUGAUCUUUAAUCUUGUGCUUGAUGCGUGUGUGAGGUUUAAAUUGGCUUUCAAAGGUCAACAAAUUAUGGAAUUAAUGCCCCAAACAGGUGUUGUUGCUGAUGCUCACUCUAUCGUUGUUGUGGCUCAAAUUCAUGAGAUGAAUGGCCAAAGGGAUGAACUAAAGAAAUACAAAGUUCAUAUUGAUCAAGUUUCACCUCAGUUUGUCUGCCAUUAUCGACAGUUCUAUGAUAGUUUGCUGAGCUUGCACUUCAAGUUUAAUGAUAUUGAUGCAGCUGCUGGACUUGUAUGGAAUAUGUGCAGGUACCGGGAGUCUCUUCCUAUUAAGAGUGAAAAGAAGAACCCACAAAAGAUUUUUCAUAUUCCAAUCGGAUCUCAUAAUCUAAAGGCUGGGUUGAAGUUGCAGAUUCAGCCUGAGCUGCUGCAAAAGGACACCGUCCUAAAAGUGGAAAGUAAGCAAGAGCUUGUGAUUUUUAGGAAUGGAAAACUUGUUCUUAGUAACAGGGCUCUGGCAAAAUUCAUCAAAGGAUUUAAAAGGGAUGGGAACAUUAGUCAGCUGUCAAAACUUUUGCUUGGAAUCCAGAAAGAGUCAUGUUCUUUGAGAGGUUCUGAUUUGUGUUCUGAUGUGAUUGAAGCUUGCAUUCGUUUAGGUUGGCUAGAAUAUGCUCAUGACAUUUUGGAUGACAUGGAAGCCUCCCAGACUCCCGUAGGUUGUGCUACUUAUAUGUCGCUCUUGACGGCAUAUUUUAAACGAAAGAUGUUGAGGGAAGCAAAGGCUUUGCUUAAAAAAAUGAGAAAGGCUGGUAUCACAACACAUUUACCGGAUAAGAUGGUUGUCAUCGCGUGUCUAUCAGAGAUAGCAAAUGACAAUUCCCUCUCUUUUAAUGUGUCAACCUUGACUGAUAAAUUGGAUCUGGUCGAGUCUUUUAUACAAGAGAUGCGGAAUGAGGAGGCGGUUCCUUCUUUGCUUUAUGAAUUCAAUUCUUCCAUUUACUUCUUCUGCAAAGCCAAGAUGAUUGAGGAUGCUGUGAGGACAUACAGAAGAAUGCAAGAGACAAAAAUCCAACUCACUGUGGAAACUUUCACUAAUCUGGUUUGUGGGUAUUCUUCUCUCGGAAUGUAUCGGGACAUUACAAUCUUGUGGGGUGACAUGAAGAGGAAUAUGGAGUGUGGAAGUCUUUCUGUAAACAGAGAUUUGUAUGAAUACUUGCUAAUAAGCUUCCUUCAAGGCGGUUACUUCGAGAGAGCGAUGGAGGUUAGCGAAUAUAUGAACAAGUAUAAUAUGUUUGCAGACAAGUGGAUGUACAAAACUGAGUUCCUGAAACUUCAUAAGAAAUUGUACAGGAACCUAAAGGCAUCAGAAGCUAGAACCGAGGCUCAAAGAAACCGGCUCCGAUAUGUUUUGGCAUUUAGGAAAUGGGUAGGCAUUGAUUGAAAACCGGAAGCUUGAAGAAAACAUGGGUUGCAUGAAGAGAUUUUUGGUGAAAAUGGAACAUGGGAAGUUUGAGAAAGGUGCUCUGAUUUUGAACAAAGGAAGUUUAAGAGGUGCUGCGACAUCAAAUAGUGGACUGUGAAUCCACUCCGAUUCUAAGUGAAAUCUUAUAUAUACAUGAACACGACCAGUUUGAUCAGAAGCACGGCUUAUUGAAUCGUGAGAAAGUAUGGAGAAAAUUUUCAUGUUAUUUGCUGUGGGAGUAA